GUAGCUCCCCCCUGUGGCAGCAGUGACCCAGAAAUGAGUUUGAUUCACAGAGUCCUUCCUCCAUAACAAGUAAAAACGUCAGUCAGAGUGAGAGUCUCUCGCUCUCGCUCUCUUUUCCCCCUCGGUGUGAGCGCGUGUGUGUGCGAGUGUGAAGAGAGACACAAUCUGCUCCCAUUCUCCAAUGCUUGUCUGAACUCAUGAGGCAGCACGGAGCCCUUCGCGCAGAGAAACUCCAACCUGACUGGCAACCAUCUCGGCGGCAACAGCAGCAGGCUGCCUGCUGUUACUCAGGAAGAUCAUGAAACGAGGUCGAAUUCCCAGCAGCAGUGAAGAUUCUGAUGACAAUGGCAGCUUAUCAACCUGGUCCCAGCAUUCUAGAUCUCAGCCUCAAAGGAGUUCAUGCUCUAAGAGUAAAGACCGAAAACCAUCAGAGCUGGCACCCAGCAACCUUUCUUCUGGCCAGGAGAUCAGGGAGCUCAGCUGCUGCCACAGUCCCUGCCAGCAUCAAGUGUUUAGAACAGACCUGAUCACUGCUAUGAAGCUACCCGAUUCUUCCCAGCUGAAUCCUGAUGAGUAUUAUGUGCUGGCAGAUCCCUGGAGACAAGAAUGGGAGAAAGGUGUUCAAGUGCCAGUCAGCCCAGGAACUAUACCGGAACCAGUAGCCAGGAUUGUGUCUGAAACAAAAGCUGUUGUAUUUUCAAGACCUCGGAAAUAUAUCCUGUCUUCAGGCUCUGAGCCCCCCGAGCUUGGAUAUGUUGACAUUCGAACUUUGGCAGAGAGUGUGUGCCGCUAUGACCUUAACUACAUGGAUGUAGCAUGGCUGGAAUUGGCCAAUGAAGAAUUCAAAGAGAUGGGAAUGCCUGAACUAGAUGAAUACACCAUGGAGAGGAUCAUGGAAGAAUUUGAGCAACGGUGUUACGACAAUAUGAAUCAUGCUAUCGAGACUGAGGAAGGUCUUGGGAUCGAGUAUGAUGAGGACGUUGUCUGUGACGUUUGCCAGUCUCCAGAUGGUGAAGAUGGCAAUGAGAUGGUGUUCUGUGACAAAUGCAAUAUUUGUGUUCAUCAGGCAUGUUAUGGCAUCCUAAAAGUUCCCGAAGGCAGCUGGUUAUGCCGAACCUGUGCUCUUGGUGUCCAGCCAAAAUGUUUGUUGUGUCCCAAGAAAGGUGGAGCCAUGAAACCAACUCGAAGUGGGACCAAGUGGGUCCAUGUUAGUUGUGCCCUCUGGAUCCCAGAGGUGAGCAUUGGUAGUCCAGAAAAGAUGGAGCCCAUUACAAAGGUCUCUCAUAUUCCCAGCAGCAGAUGGGCCCUGGUAUGCAGUCUUUGUAAUGAGAAGAUUGGGGCAUCUAUACAGUGUUCAGUAAAAAACUGCCGCACAGCCUUUCAUGUCACUUGUGCAUUUGAUCGUGGUUUGGAGAUGAAGACUAUUUUGGCUGACAAUGAUGAAGUCAAAUUCAAAUCCUAUUGUCCGAAGCACAGUUCUACUAAGAAGUCGGAUGAGGAAAACCUCAAUGAAUUAACUGGCCAGGAAAAUGAGAAUGGGGCACAUGAUCAUGCUCUGGGUCACUUAGAACCAUAUGAUAGCAUAGCUCAAAAUCAGGAGGAAGCUCAUAGAGUCAGUAUUCGAAAGCAGAAACUCCAGCAGUUGGAGGAUGGGUUUUAUGCCUUUGUUAAUGCUUCAGAAGUGGCUAAGGCUCUGCAACUUCCAGAGGACUCUGUAGAAUUCCUGUAUCAGUAUUGGAAAUUGAAGAGAAAAUCAAACUUCAACAAACCUUUGAUCACCCCAAAGAAAGAUGAAGAGGACAAUCUAGCCAAACGGGAACAGGACGUUCUGUUCAGGCGACUACAGCUUUUCACUCACCUCCGGCAAGAUUUGGAGAGGGUACGGAACCUCACUUACAUGGUGACCCGACGGGAAAAAAUUAAAAGAUCUGUUUGCAAAGUCCAGGAACAGAUAUUUAAUCUUUAUACAAAUCUUGUAGAACAUGAAAGAGCUUCAGGUAUGCCUUCCUCUUUCUCCUCGAUGGAAAAUUUGGUGCUCUUCAACAGUUCGCCAGUGGACCCAGAUGCACCUAAGAUAGAAGAUUUGAAAUGGCAUUCGGCUUUCUUCCGAAAACAAAUGGGCAUGUCAUUGAGUCAUUCACUGAAAAAAACAGAGAAGAGAGAGCAAAUGAGAAAUUCUGGGCACAAUAACAAACCAUUGCUGAAGCAGCCCAGCCAAAAGGAGGAGCUUGCUUCUUCUGGUAGCUUUUUCAGUUUUGAAAAAACCUUUGCAGAAGCACAACUUGGAGCAGCACAACAGAAGAAUGGGAUUGUAACAGAAGACCACAGGAAAAGAGACAAUCAUUCUCAUUGUGACACAAUAAAGAUAGGAUUGAAGGAGAAACCCCCCAAACACAACUACAAGCCCUUGAAGUCAAAUGAAUCAUUUCAGAGGCAGUUAGAAAAUAAAAGGGCCGUGAACCACCCAAGUGGCAGAUCAGCGCCUGGAAUCCGGAGGGAUAUGGUGCCUAAAUGCAAUGGAUCCUUUUUCAGGAUAAAUUAUAACCCAACUCCAGUUAAAGUGCCUACAACACCCAGAAGCCCUGUGAAAAAUUGGGGAGGAUUCCGAAUUCCAAAGAAAGGAGAAAGGCAACAGCAGGGAGAGGGGCAGGAAGAAGCAUGCCGCCAAAACUCUAAUUUCUCUUACUCGGCCCUUGGACAAGUUUCACCUAAAGACAGGGCAAAAAACAACUUAAAAGUGGACAGCGAGAAUGAUGGGUAUGCCCCGGAUGCAGAGAUGAGUGAUUCAGAAACUGAGAUGGCUGAGAAGAAAUGCAGGCUUGGAUCAAAUAGCACUCUCCCUAGAAGGACAGAUAUUAUUAGAAGAAGUAUUCUUGCCUCUUGACUGAAGAGUGAUACAGAACACAGCACUGGAAUCAGUGAAGCCUCAGCCUGGAUAUAGAAAAGUAGCUACUCUGUUCUAUUUAUCGGUGGGACAAAGAGAGUCUUAAAUUACGACUACAAGAUCUACCAAGAAUAAAAACAUUUUCCCCAGGCUGUAGAAAGUUGUUUACGUGCACUUGAGUACGAGUAUUUCCUCCACCAUUCUCAUGACUGAGAUGUGAACAUUCUUGCAAUUGUCUCAAAGAAAUCUGAGAAAAUGAUAUUGUUUUCCAAUUGAUUAAUAUGCUGAAUGCUUAUUUUAAAAAGAAGGAUAAGUUAAUUGGAUUGUGUGGGUAGACCCUAGUUUAGGCAGAUAGCACUGAAGUUCUUCUUUCCUAGUCCCUGAAAAGCACAAGCUGUUGAUAUGUAAGAGAGUAACAAAUUAAAUUUUGGUGCACUGCUUAUCCUAAUCUACAUGGUCACUCUCCUCAGGCUGUGCUUAGAGUAAAUCCUAGUCUCAUUUUUUUUUUUUUUUUGGCUGUAAUUAGGAUUCAGGGAAUUUUGGCAGCUGAAACCUUUGUUAACUCCAAAUGUUUUUAGACACAAAAUUUAUCAAGCAGGUAAGAAGAAUGUGCAUGACAGGUAGAUACCCUAAGGCAGUGAUGGCGAACCUUUUUUUCCUCGGGUGUCAAAAGCCACACCCAUAAUGCAAUGCCUCCCACGUACGCUCUGCCCCCCCCCCAUGCAUGCAUGCACAAUCCUCCCCAUCCUGCCCUGCCCCCUGCACAGGUGCGCAUGACCCCACACGCACCACGUUUGGGCCUAACAGGCCUGUAAAGCCUCUGGAGGCUGGAAAUGGCUUGUUUCCGGACUUCCAGGAGGCCCAUUGUUCACCCUCCCAGAGCCUCCGCGUGAGCCCUGUACUUCCCUGGCAUCAAAAAUGGGCCUCAUGGAGACUCCUGGGAGGGGCAGAGCGGCAUGGGCAUGCUCGCACAUCUCCUGCAUGCGCGGCAGAGACCCAAAAAUCAGGUGGCUGGUGGGAGAUCCUGGCGCAUGAGUGGUGGAGCUGAUCUAGGGUGACAGCUCGCAUUCCCUCAGAAAUGGCUCCACGUGCCAUAGGUUCGCCAUCACAGCCCUAAGGGGUAAAUCCAAACUGUAACUGCAGCAUGUAUAUAGUGCUAUUCUGAAGGGACCCAGACAAAGAAUUAAGGAAAAUUAUCUACUUCUCUCAAAUUAAGGGAAGAGGGAUAUCUAUGUCUUAAAGUACUUGAUCUUGUUUUGAAAGAAAGGUAGGUUUGUAAGCUUCCUGUAUUCUGCUAGCGCCUGCCAUGUGAAAUACAAAGACAAUUCAAGUGAGAGAGACUUAAAUGUGUCUCUGUGGCAAAACAGGGUUGACUGUCUUGUUUCUCCUAUACACCACCACCCCGAUAUGCACUGCAAAUUGUAAAUCUGUAAUGGGUGAGGAUUUUUACAGUAGAAAAAUUCUUAGCAUCUCAUCAGACUUGGGAGAAGCAAUGGCAGACAAAUGAAGUUUGCCAUGAAGAUACGACUAUUUCCACAGGCAGUAGUCAUCAGCCUUUCUUUAUAUGCACUAAUAAUAUGUGUUGGGAUAUACAAAUUUCUAACACAUAAGGGUUACUUUAAAUACAAAAAGAAGGAUGUAAUAAAUAUAUAUGUAUAUUUUUUGAAUAAAAUGGUAAGGCAAUAAGAUGCGAGUAGUGCUUUACAUUCAAGCCAAUUUAACAACAAGACUUCAUGAUAUGGAUAUGAUUUGGCAAAAGAGUGUUGAUUACAUCAUUAAAAAACUGCAAUAAGUAGAAAAAGCCAUCAGCAAUAAUAAGUGAACAGAUUAUUAGCCUAUUUUGUGCACUCAGCAGAGUGCAUUUGUGAGACACAAAGGUAGUUUUAGACGAUUACAACUUUUGGGACUCAACUUGGAUAUAAACAAUACCAGAGGUAAUGAGUACAAGAAACGUAAGGAGCAGUAGGUAUUUGUUUUGGCAACUCUCCUCUCAGCCCAUCAUCAUUAGUUUUUACUUACUAUAUUUAAAACAAAUGUUGGAACCUUGCAAUUUGACUCAAGUCUUCCAGAGGUUUCAACUGAAAACUAGAGUGCUACUGUUUCAUCUUGCUAUGCAAGUCACUGAUCAUCAAUAAUACAUUGUAUUUGAGGAGGUUUGCAAAGUAGUUUUCUUACAGUCCUAAUUUUUGGAUAAAGAAAUAUUGUAUGUGAUCCCAUGAAUUCUAAAUUACUAAUCCACUGAUUCUAUAACUUGGGAACAUAUAUCAGAUCAUAUCCCCAUUUACUUCUAAAGCAGCAGUAAUAAUCCCAAGAAGACAAACCUACGAUUUGAAAAUAAGCUACAAAUCUAGUUUUCCCCUCAUUUAUCUUUUGCCUCCACUUUCAGUAUCUAGCUUGGUGCUAAUCAUAGUUUAAUAUAUGAGUAAUCAGCUUCCAUUAAAAUAAAAAAUACAGCCUUUGAAAGGCCAUUUUUUAACUUGGCCUAUCAAAUUCAAAUAUCCCUGGAUGCCAUGGUUAGAACUGAAUGGGAAACUGAAAUGGGACUUCUGCAUGAACAAUGAGGUUGUGAAAUUGAAACAUUUCAUGAUCAUCAUUUUCUGAUCUUAGGCUCAUUGUAUAUAUAAUAGCUGUAGUUCCAGUGGUGGCUAUUAGUACACUGAAGUUCCAAUGCUUUAACAUAACUUUAUAUAGGCAGGGUUCUUUUUUUUUUUUUGCAGCUUGCUUCAUUGUCAGGAAAAUUAUUCAAAUUUAAAAGAAAGGAUAUUCCCCAUCCCCCUUCCUACAGAGAGCGCUGUAUUCUUAAGAGUAGUCCAUGCAUAGCCUUUGAGUCAGGAUGGAUAGAAUUAACAAGCAGGUUAGUAAGACUUUACAGUCUAAACAUUUUUAGCUGCCAUUUUAGAAAGCUACUGGAAAGAAGUAAGAUAUAUAUAUAUGGCUUUGUUGCUUUUGAUUGAACUACCCAUAUAUUACAGGUAUAUAACAAGGUUUGCUGCUUUAAAAGCAGGCAUGUUCUUGUUAAAUAUAAGAGGGAUGUGAUUAAUUCAUUAUUCAGUACAAUAAGUGUUUCAGGUGAGGUUUUAAGUGAAAUAAUAUUGGUUAACCUGUCCAACGGAGUUUUUCAUCAAGCCAUAGGAAAAGUAAAUUUGAUGUUAAAUAAACAUCAUGUUAUGAUCAAUUUUGAAAGAGGUAUCAGAUUACAUUUGCACUACUAGGAAUGUUAGCAUUUGUGCAGAAAGAAUGCCUUAUCUGUUUUCCCCACCAUAUUUAGGUUAAUAAGCUUUCUGAUGUUUUAAUGCUGAACCAAAAAUUAAUAACAAAAGAAGAAAAAAUAGUGCGUUCCCCCUACCCGCAUCUUCCAACUACAGAAGUAGAUAAAAUCAGUAUGACCAGCUGUUUCAUACUAUAUUUAACACUCAGUACAUUAAAAUUUAUAAAUAAAACCAUAUUCUUUACUACCACUACAUUCAUUUCAUUGGUAAGAAAACUGGAGAUUUCUUGUUAGCUCCACAUUUUACUUAUGCAGAUUGCCCAAGAAAUCUCUGAUUAUACUUGGUGUACUACAUUGAAAUAUAGGGUAAUAAACAUUUUAGUAAUGUUGACUGGAAUGCUGUCUGUUUGAUUCUGGACACCCACACACAUACGUGCCAGUCUAAACUAACGAGAGAUCUCUCAUAUGUACAAAAUCUUGAUUAUUUUGCGUAAAUUGGGUAAAAAAGAUCUUACUACAUUUGUAAAACCUUGUACAGAGGAUUUUUUCACUAUGUGCCUAGCUUUGGUGUCCAUUUUGCUCCAAUUUGAAAACAGGUGCAUGAUGAUAAAACAAAUAGAAAUAAAGUAUAUGUAGAGAUGACUAUUUUAUAUUACAUGGCCCAAUCCUGUAUUUAUUUUCCUCCCUUUUUGAAGUAUUUAUAAAGACCUAGUUGAAGAUGGCUGUAUUUUUUGUUAAAAUAUUUAGUAGAAUUGUGCCUUUGUCUGUAUGUGAAUAAAUGCUGUACAUUUUGCAAUACACUUAAGCGUUCUGGUCUAAUAUCUGUGUUUAUACUCAUUUGACAAUGUUAAAUUGGUAAAUCUCAGUAAAUACUCAGGUUAACUCAAAUUAAUCAGUGAUGGAUUCAACAUCUUUGUGUUUCCUAAUAUAAGCCUUAAUGGAAUGACACUUGUGUAUUUUUGGCUUUAAACCACUACUGAGGAUUUCCCUUUUUCUAUUCUUACAUUCUCCUUUUUAUCUAUUAGCAUAUCUAAUUGCUUUGAAUAGCAUACCAUUUCUUCCAUCUGUCUCAAUUUCCCACUUCCCUUCUGCAAUACUGAAUGAUUCAUUGGUUAUGAUGACAUUCACAAAUGACUGAUGUCGUUCAUAAUAUGAUUGAUUUCUGAAAUCCCUAGCGGUCUUUAUCAAAUUCCUAAGUAAUGUGUAGAUUUUCUUAAAUUAG